UUCCAGGGGGCGUGGCUGGCUUGUGAUCUCUGCAGCACAGUUUUGCGUUUUCAUAGGUUAUUGUGGCUAAAAGUAUUUCUUACGAACAUAUUUCAUACUUUAUGGAGUAUUUCACUGGCUGGGGGGAUAUUCCAGUGUUAUGUCAGCAGCUAUCAUCCGCUAGAACUACUACUUGUUUAACAGCACAGCAGUAAUACUGGCCUACCCGUAUAGCUAAUUGCUAACAUCCUAAACAAAGUAAACGUACUGUUGUUUAUACCGAUGUAACUAAGCCAUUAAUAUUAGUUUUUGUAUCGGAGGACCGUAAGCAAAGAUGUUGCCGACAGAAGACAUCCCUGCUGAAGAGAUGUCCUGAGAACUGAUGAGUUAAAAUGAGCUGUAAAUCCACCAAAGUGGCUCCCAGUGUUGACUUCGACCACAGCUGCUCCGACAGCGUAGAAUACCUGACUCUCAACUUCGGCCCGUUCGAGACCGUCCACCGCUGGAGGAGACUCCCUCAGUGCGACGAGUUCGUGGGCUCCAGACGCAGCAAACACACAGUUGUGGCAUACAGGGAUGCCAUUUACGUGUUCGGGGGAGACAAUGGGAAGAACAUGCUGAAUGAUCUGCUCCGCUUUGAUGUCAAGGAUUGCUCUUGGUGUCGAGCUUUCACCACUGGAACUCCUCCAGCUCCCAGAUAUCACCACUCAGCAGCGGUCUAUGGCAGUAGCAUGUUUGUCUUUGGUGGCUACACUGGAGAUAUCUAUUCAAAUUCAAACCUGAAAAAUAAAAAUGACCUUUUUGAGUAUAAGUUUGCGACAGGACAGUGGACUGAAUGGAAAGUAGAAGGAAGUUUGCCGGUGGCCAGAUCUGCUCAUGGGGCCACAGUUUACAAUGAUAAGCUGUGGAUAUUUGCUGGCUAUGAUGGAAAUGCCCGGCUGAACGAUAUGUGGACCAUCAGUCUGCAGGACAGAGAACAUGCAUGCUGGGAAGAGAUUGAUCAGAGUGGUGAGAUUCCCCCCUCUUGCUGCAACUUCCCUGUGGCAGUAUGCAAAGACAAGAUGUUUGUAUUUUCUGGUCAGAGUGGAGCCAAGAUCACCAAUAACCUGUUUCAAUUUGAGUUCAGAGGCAACAUGUGGACACGUAUCCCGACAGAACAUUUACUUCGAGGUUCCCCUCCACCUCCCCAGAGACGUUAUGGACAUACUAUGGUCACCUUUGAUCGCCACCUGUAUGUAUUUGGAGGUGCUGCUGACAACACCCUUCCCAAUGAGCUGCACUGCUAUGAUGUGGACUCUCAGACCUGGGAGGUGAUACAAGCUAGCCUUGACAGUGAGAUGCCCAGUGGGAGACUGUUUCAUGCUACUGCUGUGAUUCACGAUGCCAUGUAUAUAUUUGGAGGGACGGUGGACAACAAUGUCCGGAGUGGAGAGAUGUACAGAUUCCAGUUCUCAAGCUAUCCAAAAUGUACCCUCCACGAGGAUUAUGGAAGACUGUGGGAGAACCGUCAGUUUUGUGAUGUAGAGUUUAUUCUUGGCGAGAGGGAGGAAAGAGUCUUGGGGCAUAUUGCCAUAGUGACUGCAAGAUGUCAGUGGCUGCGAAAGAAAAUCCUGCAGGCUCGGGACAGGCAGCGACAGAGGACCAAACGGGAGAGCAGUGAGGAUAGUGAUGAGGGAGCAGCUGGAGGCCCGAGGGAUAUCCCAGCAGGCAAUAGGUCAUCAGGCACGCAGCCCCUGUUGGAGGUUUUCAUCAGAGAAGCAGAGGCCCAGCCGUUUGAAGUCUUAAUGCAGUUUCUCUACACAGACAAAAUCCAGUACCCCCGCCGAGGUCAUGUACAAGAUGUUCUUCUAAUCAUGGAUGUAUACAAACUGGCCCUAAGUUUUAAGCUCUCCCGGCUGGAGCAGCUUUGUGUUCAGUACAUCGAGGCAUCUGUGGAUUUGCAGAACGUACUCAGUGUUUGUGAGAAUGCCAACAAGCUGCAAUUGGACCAGCUCAAGGAACACUGUCUUAAUUUUGUGGUGAAGGAAUCCCACUUUAACCAAGUGAUCAUGACAAAAGAGUUUGAGCGUCUUUCCACAGCUCUGAUAGUGGAGAUAGUGCGUCGAAAGCAGCAGCCUCACCCUAGAAUUUAUUCAGAACAGCCCGUGGACAUUGGGACCUCCCUUGUGCAGGACAUGAAGGCUUACUUGGAAGGAGGGGGCCUGGAGUUUUGUGACAUUAUCCUGCUGUUAGAUGGACACCCACGGCCUGCACAUAAGGCCAUACUGGCAGCCCGUUCCAGUUACUUUGAGGCGAUGUUCCGCUCUUUCAUGCCAGAAGACGGUCAGGUUAAUAUAUCCAUCGGUGAAAUGGUCCCAAGCAAGCAAGCUUUUGAUUCCAUGCUGCGUUAUAUCUACUAUGGGGAUGUCAACAUGCCUCCAGAAGAUUCACUUUAUCUCUUUUCUGCGCCAUAUUACUACGGGUUCUCCAACAACAGGCUGCAGGCUUACUGUAAGCAGAACCUGGAGAUGAACGUCACUGUGGAGAAUGUCUUGCAGAUUCUGGAGGCGGCAGACAAGACUCAGGCUCUGGACAUGAAAAAGCACUGCCUGCACAUCAUUGUCCACCAGUUCAUCAAGGUAUCCAAGCUUCCCAACCUGCGGUCUCUCAGCCAGCUGCUCUUGUUGGACAUCAUUGAGUCUCUAGCUACACACAUAUCAGACAAACAGCGUGCUGAGAUGGGCUCCGAUAUUUAAGAUGACUCAGUGAAUGGGGCUCUUUUCACAGAAGCCAUAAGUCUCCACAUGCAUUCCCUUCUCUCUUUUUCCUUUUUUUUUUUUUUGUUUUGUUUUGUCCCUUUCGAUCUUGCACGUCUUAGACCCCUGUUCAAAAGAUCCCUAUUAUUCACACUGUAUCAAAUUGCUCUUGUGUCUCACUUUGCAUGACUCGAGAGUUAAGUUUAUUGAAAAAUAAAACAGAUUUUGGUGCAGAAUGA